GCAUGACGUGUAUUAAAACAGCAGAGCAAAGCAGAGGAAGUGAUUUCUUUUGGAUUAUUCUUUUCAUAUUUUCUAUUUCAACACGUCUAUUGUGGAUAAACGAACCAUAGAGGUCUCCAUGCCCUCCCGUUCCUAGCGGAAGACCGGUGCGACAAUGACCAUCCAUGUAGAGGGGCUUGUGGCUAUCGCGGUCUUCUAUCUACUGAUUCUGUUCGUGGGCAUCUGGGCGGCAUGGAAGAACAAACACUCCGGGGAGGCGGAAGGCACCGACCGCAGCGAGACCAUCAUGGUAGGAGGGAGAGACAUCGGGUUAUUCGUCGGUGGAUUUACCAUGACAGCGACUUGGGUUGGAGGAGGAUACAUCAAUGGCACAGCUGAGUAUGUGUAUCUACCAGAUUAUGGCUUGGCUUGGGCACAAGCUCCUUUUGGAUAUGCCCUCAGUCUUGUUGUAGGUGGGCUUUUUUUUGCUAAGCCCAUGCGCUCACGAGGUUACGUCACCAUGUUGGACCCGUUUCAGCAGCUGUACGGGAAGCGUAUGGGUGGCCUCCUCUUCAUACCUGCACUCAUGGGUGAGAUCUUCUGGUCUGCUGCCAUCUUGUCCGCCCUUGGCGCUACUCUGAGUGUCAUCGUGGACAUCAACAUCAAGAUGUCAGUGGUGAUCUCUGCACUCAUUGCAAUCUUUUACACCCUUGUUGGAGGACUUUACUCUGUGGCCUACACAGAUGUCGUACAGCUCUUCUGUAUCUUUGUUGGCCUGUGGAUCAGUGUCCCCUUUGCUUUGACCAACCCUGCGGUGUCAGACAUUACUGUUACUGCAGUGAAGCAGGUGUACCAGUCACCCUGGAGAGGCACCAUUCUCAGGGGCAACACCUGGGUCUGGAUCGACAAUUUCUGCCUCCUGAUGCUUGGAGGAAUUCCCUGGCAGGUGUAUUUCCAGAGAGUCCUGUCUGCCUCCUCGGCUACCUACGCCCAGGUCCUCUCCUUCAUUGCUGCUUUCGGGUGCCUCGUCAUGGCUGUGCCCUCCGUUCUCAUUGGUGCCAUCGGGGCCUCCACAGACUGGAACCAGACAUCUUAUGGUGCCGUUCCUCCGAAAGACAAGGACGAAGCAGACAUGAUUCUACCCAUCGUGCUCCAACACCUUUGCCCACCAUUUGUCUCGUUUUUCGGCCUGGGUGCCGUGUCUGCGGCCGUCAUGUCAUCUGCAGACUCUUCCAUUCUCUCAGCGAGCUCCAUGUUUGCGAGGAACAUCUACCAGCUCGCCUUUCGGCAGUCGGCGUCUGACCGUGAGAUUGUGUGGGUGAUGCGUAUCACUAUCUUUGUAUUCGGCGGCCUUGCCACGUUGAUGGCCCUGGUUACUGGUACGGUUUAUGGCCUGUGGUACCUGAGCUCAGAUCUGGUUUAUGUCAUCAUCUUCCCCCAGCUGCUCAGUGUGCUCUUUGUCAAAGGCACCAAUACGUACGGCUCGGUGGCUGCCUACCUGUUCGGUUUAGUGCUGCGUAUAGGUGGAGGUGAACCCUACCUUGGGCUGCCCCCUUUCAUCUACUACCCUGGCUGGACCAUUGAGCAGCGGAUCCACCACUUGACAGGAGAAACAGAGGAUGUUGUCAUCCAGAAGUUCCCCUUCAAAACCAUCUCCAUGCUCGCCUCCUUCCUGGGUAACGUCGCUUUCUCCUACCUUGCAAAGUACCUGUUCGAGAGCGGCAAGAUUUCACACAAAUACGACAUUCUUGACGCGGUGGUGUCCAAGCACAGCGGAGAGAUUAUGGAUAAGACGACGCUUGUAACUCGUGGCAACAACAUCGGGCUGUCGGAGAUGGCGCCCGUCAAACCGCGGCUGAGCGUGACCUUGGCGGCUGCCUUCACUCGCCGUGACACGCUGCCAACAGAAACAGUGGAAGAGGAGGAGGAGUCCAGCCCUGACUCCUCUCAUCAUGAUGAAGAAUGAUAAACUCAGGAUGUGAUUAAGAAAAAGUUAGUCUGACAGAAACUCAAAAAAAGAAGUAACAACUAAGAGACAACAAGCAAAUAUCCUCAAUUGGGACUACAACGUACCACGCCCGGCUGUGGUGAUUGGAUAGCAGCCCCACAUGUCAGGAUAUAUAGUGUAGCAGCUUGCUGAUUGUCCAGACAUGAAGUUGAAGUACUGUACACCACACACACUCAUAUAGUACCUAUAGAUAGUUGAGUUUAGUGUAUACUCAUUUUAUAUUAAACUGCAGAUGGGUGGAGACAGGUGGAGAUAAGAGAAGCUGCGUAAAGUGGUGAAGUAUUUGAUCAGAAAUGUGAUGAGGAGUCGAACAGAUGACAGGUACUUUAUAAGAAGCGACUGACAGCACAACAAUAGCUUGGAAGGAGGGAGAUUUAUUUACCAGUGUAAUAUCCAAUUAUAUGAAUGCAAUAACACACACAAACACACAUGUACAGCGAUUAUAAUAAAGACCUGACUAUGGCAAAGAUGAUGUAGAUGAUGGAUAAGGAUGGAAACGGGAUAUUUUAUAGCUUCAGUGUGUCAAAAAGCAAAUAAGUUUAUGUUUCAUGUAACCUAACUCACAUUUGUAGCACUGAAAUAAUGUUUUGACUGUAAUGUCAUGAAGUGAAAGACAUCAGACACAUUAGCCAACACCUAAAGCUAAUUUAGUUUGAUGCAAAUUUUGGACAGGCAAUCAGUCUCUCAUGUAUAUAAUGAAAUUAUUACUGAUAAACAAUGAAUCAAUGAAAGAAACAAUCCAUGUAUCAUGCUGAGUAGAAAAUAUACAAGCAGUAGUGACGGUAGUUGACUUGAAGCAUUAGAUAAUAUUCUCUUUAAUGUCAUAAGAAUCAGUGUAAAUUAGUGUUUAAAGUUAUCUUGUAUCUUAAUUGCCUUAAUGAAGCUCAUGAAAAGAGAUUUUCUUUUAAUUUCCACAGUUGUGACCGGACUCUGGUCUGACUGCAGCGAACAAAGACUUGAAUAUGAAUGUAACCCCCCCCCCAACAAAUUAUAUUCAGUGGUGUACUUGGACUGCUGUUCGUGUAUGUUUCCAUUUGUGGUUUUGCAAGUCACGCAGUAACUGUUGCAGAACGAUGUGGCGGCAGGUUCUGUUUCACAGAUCUGUUCUUCAUUUGUUGUUAACAGCAGUGUACAGAUUCUUUUCUCUGUGUUGUGUAUGUUUGUAUAAAUAUGGAGAGAGGAAAAAAAGAGAUAUAUAGAUGACAAAUAUGGAAGGUUCAAAUUUAUUCCUAUAAGAUGGAAAGGAUGCUGUCUAAAUGUUUAUUUAUUUUUGAUGUCAUAAAAGAUGAAACAAUAAACGAGAACAAAUUAUGUCAGGAAAAUAUAUAAACUUUUGUAAGAAGAUAAAAUGGAUAUUUCACUUUUCUUUUUCGCUGACUCCACUUAAUAUUAAUAAUGUGGUUUUACUGAUUAUUAUUCUUCACCCCUUUGCGGUUCAAUACGGAAGCCCUAAGCGGUCAUACAUUUUAUUUCCUCUGUUUUCUUGGGAUAACAAGCAAGCAAUUUGUUUUUUUCGAUAUCUCAAGUUAUUUACGUCAUUAUGUUAAAAUAACAAAUGUUGUUUCCGGGAUAAUGGGGUCAUUUUCUCGAAAUCUCUAGACAACGAAACUAAAUUGUGGCAAUUGCAAUGUUCUCUUGCUCCUCUGAUAUUGAUGUUUCCUGCAAUGAUUUAAUACACCUGAUCCCUUUGUUUUCUCCAUAUUUCAAAAUUUGUUAUUUUGUCAUAAUGACAUAACUAACUCGAGACCUUGAGAAAACAAAUGAAAUGAACCUGAAAUAAAAUGUAUGAAAGUAUGACCCUUAGGGCCUCCGUAGUCCAACAAUGGCUCAAUUAGUUUUGCAACCAUAUGCGAGUUCUAGGACCCCAGAAGGUUUCAACAUUUUGAAUAAAUAA